UACCUUUCCUCUCUAUAUUUCAGGAAGCCUGAAGAUCUAUAGGGCAGAAGACAGGAUGGUGGAUUUAUCACCUGGGCAGCGGCUAGCCUUGGGUGUCACAGUGCUGGCACUUGUUGAUAUCCUCUGGGUGACUUCUUCAGAACUUACUGAGUACAUCUUCAAGGUGGAUGGCUACAACAAGCCGUUUUUCUCAACAUACCUAAAGAAUGCCAUGUUCUCGCUGUUCCUGUUGGGGUUUCUGGUGUGGCCGCCGUGGCGCAGUGCCUGUGCCGAGCGCCAGGAGCUGCUAGUCCCGAUGGAGACGAUGUCGGAGGACGGCGCCAGCUCUGCCGGCAGUCCGGCACCAAACAGUCCCACGCCGGGUUUCCGGCGAGCGCUGAGUGAGCCGGAGUUUGUGCCAGUCAUGUUUGACGAGGAACGCUCGUCGGGCACCGACAGCGAGGACCAGGCGGCCGCGGCCGGCGGACGACGCCGCAGGGCCGUCCGCUUCAGCCGCGUCAAGGAGGUGCGCCAGCUGUGUGAGCGGGACGCCGGCCAGGCGCUGUUUGCGCGCCUCUCGUACCGCGCCAGCGUGCAGCUGCGGCGCCAGGCACUGCUGCGUGCCGCCCGCCUGCCGCCGGGACAGGUGGCCCGGCUGGCGCUGCAGUUCACCGUCCCCUUCGUGCUGGGCCAGUACUGCUACCAGCUGGCGCUGAGUCUCUCGGAGGCCGCCUACGUCAACAUCCUGAGCUCGUCGUCGGGUUUGUUCGCCCUGGUGCUGGCCGCCGUGUUCCCGUCCACGCCCGGGGACCGGUUCACGCUGUCCAAACUGCUGGCCAUCACCGUUAACAUCGGAGGAGUGGUGGCCGUCAGUCUGUCGGGCCUGCAGGGCCACUUUGAGCUGCCGCUGGGCGCACUGUGGGCACUGGCCGGCGCAUUCCUCUACGCCUCGUACGUGGUCCUGCUGCGCGCCCGCGUCGACCACGAGGACAAACUGGACCUCAUCAUGUUCUUCGGUUUUGUGGGCGCGUUCACUGCGCUGCUGUUCUGGCCGGGUUUCCUGGCGGGCCACUACAGCGGCUACGAGCCGUUCCAGCUGCCGUCCCGCCAGCAGUGGAUGUUCCUGGUGGCCAACGGUCUGAUCGGCACCGUGCUCUCCGAGCUCCUCUGGAUGUGGGGCUGUUUGCUGACGUCGACGCUGAUCGCCACGCUCUCGCUGUCUGCCACCAUUCCGCUGACGAUGGCCGCCGACGUGGUGCUGCGCUCCGUCCACUACCCGGCCUCGUUCUACCUGGGUAGCGUGCCCAUCUUCGCCGCCUCGGUGGCGGUGACGCUGCUGGCGCACUGGGACAACUGGGACCCGGCGCUGGAGGGACUCCGGCUGGCGGCCGGCUGCUGCUGCCGCUGCCGCCGGCGGCCCGUACCACUGCGGUCGGACCCGGCGACGGCCGAGCAGUCGACCUCGCUAAUAUCGGCCUCCGAUGACGAGGAUGACGAGGAGGAGGAAUUCAUCCGGACCAGCACGUGAUGGCGACUCGUCAGCGGAGCUAGGUGCCGGGCCAGGGGGACACAGCGGGCCGGGGAGGGUGACGGGACGUGGAACAGACGCCGGGGAGGCGCACAGUGCCCGGGUCUCCCGGUCCCCCGGUGGGCCCUCCGAGUAGCGGCUGCGGCUAGGUGGAGCGGGGAGCUGCUGGUCGCCGGUCGUACGGUCCCGUCAGAGGGCGCUGUACGGGCUUGACGAGCUUCCCAGGGUGCCCCACCCGGCUCGAUCAGCUCGUCAGGGGGCGCCGUACGGGUCUGAUCAGACCGUCAGAGGGCGCUGUACGGGCGAGACAAGCUUCCCAGAGUGCCCCACCCGGCUCGAUCAGACCGUCAGGGAGCGCCGUACGGAUCUGACGAGCCCGUCAGAGGGCGCCGUGCGGGUCUGACUAGUCCGUCAGGGGUCGCCGUACGGGUCUGAUCAGUCCGUCGUCCGUCAGAGGGCGCCGUACGGGCCUGAUCAGACCGUCAGGGGCGCCGUACGGGUCUGACGAGUCCGUCAGAGGGCGCCGUACGGGUCUGAUCAGCCCAUCAGGGGCGCCAUACGGGUCUGACUAGUCCGUCAGAGGGCGCCGCACGGGUCUGACUAGUCCUUCAGAGGGUGCGCCGCACGGGUCUGAUCAGUCCGUCAGGGUGCGCCGUACGGGUCUGACGAGUCCGUCAGAGGGUGCGCCGUGCCAGCCCGCCAAGGGACACCGUAGACAUCAGCCUGUCCGGGACGUCACUCUGACCUCACCAGCCUGUCAGAGGGCGCCACACGGACAGACCGGCCGGCUGUACCGAUCGCUCUCACAUAUCCCUUUCCCGUGCGUGUUGUGGCAGUGUGGUUUGCUGCCGCUGGUCCAUUUGUUAGCGGGUGACGCUUUUAUUUAUAUAUUUAACUUCAUGCAGUGUUGUGUCCAUUAUUUUGGGUAUUGAAACCAUCGCCAGGUAUUUAUUCUUAGCCAAGCUUAUAACCAUCAGUUGGUAUCGAAUUACAUCGCCAAUGGUACCAACUGGCUUCAGGGAACAUGAUUUAAAGUCCAUUAACGUUCCUUGUUAUCGUAGUGACAUAUGAUCAUGGACUGGUGCUGGUACUGGUACCGAAGAGCAUUUAUUUGCACUCGGCUUACUAUGCUAAUAACUUUCUUUAAAAUGCGUUCAGUAUUUCCUUUGGCACACUCUACGUAAGACGGCUGAUUUUGGUUAGACUACCGCAUCCUUCCUACAUCUAUAUGGCUUU